AUGUCCGCCGCCACGUCCGCAGCCCGAGCCGCCGCCCGUCUCCGGACGCCCAAGGUGUCGGCCUUCCGACAGUUCAUCCACUCCAUCGAGCCAGCGACGACGUCGCCGCGCCCGAGCUUCGGCGGCUCGCAGCCCGGAAACUGGGGCCGCCUUCUGAAGGCGCGAGCUGGAGUAGCCGCCCUCUACAUCCCCGGCAUGGGCCUCGUCCUCGGCUGGCCCGUCAUCGCUAGGGAGAUGAUUAACGGACACAUGUGA